CCACCCCGAACAAACUUGGUUCCAACGAUCGUUGCAGAAUCUAUCACCAGCCAUUCUUUAACCAUCAAAUACUCCGCAGCGAUGUUCGACGCUAAACACGGAAGGAUCUCCAAAUGCGCUUUGUUGGUGGCCGAAGUCACGGAGGACGGACGUGUUAGUGAGACUUGGAUGAAUUCGGAAAACGUUACAUACACAUGGAUGCAAGUGCAACGAUUCGAUGUUUGGCCUUUAUAUACAGCCGUUGUAGAUGAAUCCACACCUAAUCCAACAUCUACAGGAGUCCUGACUCAGGUAAAUUACAGCAUUAAAAACUUAAACAUAACAACACCAUGA